ACUAAACUAACUUUAUUUAUACUGAAUAAUUAUAUCAGUUCUUUCUAGUAAGGGUCAAUCAUAUGCGCCAUGCAGCGAAAAAAGAAUAAUCGGAUAACACGAAAGAAGUUUAUAUUCACAGCUGAACUAAACUAACUUUAUUUAUACUGAAUAAUUAUAUCAGUUCUUUCUAGUAAGGGUCAAUCAUAUGCGCCAUGCAGCGAAAAAAGAAUAAUCGGAUAACACGAAAGAAGUUUAUAUUCACAGCUGAACUAAACUAACUUUAUUUAUACUGAAUAAUUAUAUCAGUUCUUUCUAGUAAGGGUCAAUCAUAUGCGCCAUGCAGCGAAAAAAGAAUAAUCGGAUAACACGAAAGAAGUUUAUAUUCACAGCUGAACUAAACUAACUUUAUUUAUACUGAAUAAUUAUAUCAGUUCUUUCUAGUAAGGGUCAAUCAUAUGCGCCAUGCAGCGAAAAAAGAAUAAUCGGAUAACACGAAAGAAGUUUAUAUUCACAGCUGAACUAAACUAACUUUAUUUAUACUGAAUAAUUAUAUCAUGCUCUUUCUAGUAAGGGUCAUUCAUUAUUGAUUGCUCCAAUAUUAAUGGUUUUUAAUAUUUUUUCUUUCCCUUUUAUAGGUCAGAUAUUCAGGAAUAUAUAGACAAGCAAUCCAAAAUUCUGGAUGAUAUUCUGACUGGUUAUGAUAAACGUUUUAUACCUACCAUACCAGGUUAGCCUUGUUGAGCUAAAGAAAAGGUAGACGCUUUAGGAUUCGAUUAUUCAAUCCUAGGAUUUUUUGAUCCAUUCUUAAGAUCCAAUGAUUCAUACUUAGAACUCGUAGGAUUAAUGAUUCAUUCUUAGGAUUCAAUGAUUCAUUCUUAGGAUUCAAUGAUUCACUCGUAGGAUUCAAUGAUUCAUUCUUAGGAUUCAAUGAUUCAUUCUUAGGAUUUAUUUAUUCAUUCUUAGGAUUCAAUGAUUCAAUCUUAGGAUUCACUCUUAGGAUUCAAUUAUUCAUUCUUAGGAUUUAUUUAUUAAUUCUUAGGAUUCAUUGAUUCACCCGUAGGAUUCAUUGAUUCACUCGUAGGAUUCAAUGAUUCAUUCUUAGGAUUCAAUGAUUCAUUCUUAGGAUUUAUUUAUUCACUAUUAGGAUUCAUUUAUUCACUCUUAGGAUUCAUUGAUUCACUCUUAGGAUUCAAUGAUUCAUUCUCAGGAUUCAUUUAUUCACUCUUAGGAUUCAUUGAAUAAAUUCACCGUUUCAAUGAUUUUUUUAUCCACUGAUUGUUUCAUUAUAUAGAACACCCGUUGAAGGUUGAACUACAAGUUGUCAUUUCUGAUGUAUUCAACUUGGAUGACAGUAAUAUGGUAACUACGAUCCAUUAAUUUAUAAUACAUUUCUUCGUCUUUUCCGCAACCUACUCUAGUGAUACGUGAGAAGUUCUGUAUCAGUUCUUAACUAUUCUCCAGACAGGUCCAGUAUAGGACAAGUUCCUUAUUGGUCCAGUUUUUCUUCAGGAGGAAACUAGAGUAUAAAUCCUGCGAGUCCAGAUGAUGAUUUAGAAAAUCGAUCCAACUUUUUCUGAUGUUUUCAGGAACUAGAAAUGCUGUUGUAUAUCAGACAGAUAUGGUUCGACCAUAGAUUGUCAUGGAAUUCAACGGAAUUUCACCGAAUUAAAGUUCGCGAACAUUUCUUGGACAAAAUCUGGAUUCCUGAUAUUAGAAUGAAGAACCUGAAAGAUAUGAAGCAUUUUCGUGAAUUUGGCGGAGUCAACAUGAACAUUAAUUCAAAUGGAAGAAUUUACUACAGUCAACUGUAAGGAUACUUACUAAUUUUAUUUUUGAAACGGAUUCAUAAUUUUUUAUCGAGGUAUGAAAUGAUGAAUUUUCAUUAAAUACAAGAUAGAAUAGGAGGUAAAAUUUAAACAUGAAGAUUGAGGUCGAGAGGGUACAAUGAGAGCUGGGACAAAUGGGACUUGUGUACCAAUAGGAAUGGGAUCUGCACCAACAAUUUUGCUGCUGGGAAUGGAUUUUGCAAAUUAUUUUGCAAAUCAGUGGGUCGGAUGACUAAAGUCCAUUUUCAACUAGGCGAAUUUGUUCGCGCGGAGCGAAAAACAAAUCUUGGCAAUGUGAUUGGACAGCGAAAAUUGGAUCAUUAUUAGUUCCUACUUUUUUACUGUUCGCCUAGUGGAAAAUGGGUUUAAAUAUUGGUUGGACAAAUUGGGUUUCGGAGCACUCUUUAUGAUCCUCUUUGAUCAGGAUUGAGUUUUAUGUUGUUUUUUUCUUUGAAGGUCUCUGGUGAAGAUUGAUUGUCCCAUGAUUCUACAUAAAUUUCCAAUGGAUGAACAAACCUGUUAUCUCAAAUUUUCUUCAUGUAAGUGUACGCGUAGUAUGCAUUAUGAAGAGUAUACACGAUACAGAGGACUUCUGUUUGAAUAAUACGUCAUUAAUAUUUUCUUGGUUUUUGAUUAGUUGAAACCAAAUUUGAAAUUCAGCGCAGGAAAAUGAAUUUUUGUUUCAGAUGCUUAUGCGAAGUCCUUGCUGCAGUUUUCACUGGCAGAGAGAAAGACAGUGGUCAAACCAGUUCAUCUUCCACAAUUUUACUUCGUUGGAACAUCAAAGGACAAAGGUAUCAUAUAACAUGUGUUUCUGGCACAUUGGUCGAUGUGAACCUUUCACUAUGCCACUCGGACACUGAGUGUCGUUUUUUGGGGUUUUUAUUCAAUAUAAACAUUUAUUGAAUAUUCUACUAUAUGACUAAACAAUAAAUAUGGUACAAGACAUAUGUUACGAAAACCAAACUGACAAAAAGACAAGACAACACAAUUAGUGGAUAAAUAGCCUGCGAGCAGGCCCUAGUAGAUGGAAGAACACAAACGGGACAAGACGUCCCAUGCAAGGUGUUGCCCGUAAUUACUUUAAAUACAACUAAAGAUAGUAUAAAUCCACUAAAUGGGCCCUAAAUAUACAAAUUUAUACAUACUGUACACACUGCAAACUUCAAACUGCGAGCCCAAUCAACCUCAAAAGAGCUACUCUUUUUCUGCAAUAUACAGUUGUCUGAUAAUUAUUUUCCUCCGUCACAUACGAGUAUACAUAGAGUGCUUCCAGGUUGGCUCAACUAUAAACAUCACGGGUUUCUUCAAGUGUAUCCGUUUUCUUCCUGUAGUAACGCUGGACCAAUAAUAGUGCUCCUUGCCGGACCUCUAGGAGAGAACUGGUAGAUAUCCAGUAUAAACAAAGAUAGCUUAGCUUGGGUUUCUCCUGUAGUAACACUGGAUCCCUUAUAUACGUACUGGACCUCUAGGGCGACUAAGUUAAGCUAAGAGAGCUAUCCAGUAUAAAUAAAGAUAGUUUAGCUAAGGUUUCCUCCUGUAUUGUUAAUAACUCACACCUUUUCGUUCCUAGGUAUUACUCCUACAAUCACGUUGACAUUCCAACGACGUUUUGGUUACUACAUUAUUCAAAUUUACGUUCCCUCUUCUUUCCUUGUUCUAUUAUCGUGGUUGUCGUUCUUCAUGGACCCGACAGACAUUGGAAACCGUCUAGCUCUUGAAGUGACAAUGAUUCUCUCCAUUGUUUUCCUGCUGGGAAAUAGCAACAAUUCCCUUCCAUAUUUGUCAUAUACCAAGGCCUCGGAUUUGUUUAUUAUUGUUUCGUUUGGCUUCGUCUUCAUGGCAUUGUUGCAAACUAUGCUCGCCUACCAUUUGGCAAUAAAGAAAGAGCCUUUUGGAAAGACUACUACAUCUGACCCAUUGGUAUGUUAUAUUUUUUAUACCUAUGUCUCAUGAAUAUAAGAAACCAUGUCCGGUUGUACGAAGGCGCUGUCUACUGGUCAGUGAUUUUUCACCUUUGCAAAAUUUCUCUCAGAGCUGUAAAACUAUGAUUAUGGACCUCGCAAGUAAUAAAAAGAAACUUCAAUUUAUAAAUACUAAAGUUUAAUCUGCAUUUUCACCAAUCAAAGGACAAUAUAUCAUGGUACAAUCGGGCCCAGAAAAUUAUAAAGUGCGAAAAACUAAACAAAAAGGCUAAAGCUCUAAACUGCUCUUCCUAGGGGUCCAAUGAAGGCACGUUGGCCCAAUGUCAUUACAGCAGGAAAUCAACUAUCAUUGUAUAUCUAUAGUACAAAGGACGUCUAAUUUUUUACUCAAUAAGACAUAAUUUCCAAUGGAAUUAAAUUAUGUAUUUUCCAAUAUUUUCCGAAUAAACCAUCAUGACGGCAAUCAAUUUUAUGUAUAUUAAAAGACUUUAAAAUAUUAUGAAUAUACGAAAUAUAGGGAUUUAAAAUACCCCCAGUUACAGCGGACAUUUCCUCUCAGAAUUAAAUAAAACAAGUGUUUUCGGCGUUACACUAAGUCGUUAGGGAAAAAAUACCACUUAAUAACUUAAGUUCUUGAUGUUUCAGACACGUCUCAAGAAUUACUUUGUGGUUUUCAAACGGAAAAAGAAAGAAAAAGCUGAAAGGAAACGUGAACAAAAUGAGAAUGAAGAAAACAAAUGCACAAGAUGUGUAGAGCCGGUCGACACCGAUGUUGUGUUUGAACGGGCUUCAGGUGAGCAGUCUGGCGUGGUGUCAAGAUUCUGGCUUGAUAAAAUGUGUAUUGUUGCUUUUCCAACGUUGUAUAUUAUUUUCAAUGUUUCUUACUGGUCCUAUUACAUGUAAGAUUUCAUUUGAAAGUGAAUCGUGGUAGUUGCUACAUUGGAUUAUGAAAACAAAGCUACUUUCAUAUCUAGUGGUUACUUUGUGUGUGUGGUUGGUCAAAACCUAAUGAGUAAUGGCAUUAUGGAAUUGGUCGUCUGGACUUACCAACCGUAUCUUUUGGGUUCCUUUGUUUAUUUUUAGUUACAUUGCUUACAAUCGUCGCAACAAGCUGUUUUCAAACUUCUCAACAAGUUGUAACAAUUUUCGGUUAUAAAUUACAUUUACGUACUGUACAUUCUUACGUGAAAUUGGAAAAUUGUGUCAGCCAGAGUCGCCUUUACGUAUUUAAAAGCAUGAAUUUGAUCAAAUUAUAGCGCUUUAUCAAGAUCCCAUAAUAUGUGUCAAUUAAUACUACAAGGCUCCUACACCAUUAAAAAAUUGCAAGCAGUACUGGAUAAAAUAUGGUAUGCCUUAAAAGAAACAAGUAAUUUUAUUAAUUUAAGCAGUUAAUUAGAACCAUACAAACACGUGCAUUGUUUUUGAAACACCCUCAUUUAAAUACACUAGUUUCACUAAUCUACUUAUUCAUUCAUUCAUUUUUUAUUUGUUCAUUUAGUCUUGUUAAUUAAUCAUCCAAUUCCCCCCCUUGCUCUUUCACACUUUUGGUAAACUCUGAAUUAAUGUCCUUCAUUAAUUCUUGAUUACACAUGACAUGUAAACAUGUCCUCGCCAUUGACUUGGCGGCUAUCAGCGUAUAACGGUGGGCUUUCUCUGUGCCUGCUUCAACUUGGAAUUCAGGUGAAUGUGUGAUCUCAUCGCACACAUAAUAUCUCGGGUGUAUUGCAGGUUUAACUUGGGAGACAUUGCCCAUAUCAGUGGAUCCCCCAUGCUUGGCUACUUGCUCAUGGUGAGGUAAGUAAGGCACUCCCAACUCUGCUGCAUUUUUUUGGUAUAUAUCAGCUAGAAUUGAGUUUGUGACCAGGUUUUUAUAUGGCAGUUUGCUCCAGUUUAUUUCCACUUCACAUCCUAGAA